AUGUUGUAUUUGCAGGUGGCUGAGUUGGAAGUAUCUGACACGGAAACGAUGGACGUAUUCGCGACGACAGUCAAGAUGAGCACGUACUUGGUGGGGUUCGUCGUGUGCGACUUCAAGUCCAAAUCCAAGUUGAGUAGGAGUGGAGUUAAUGUCUCGGUGUUCUCUCCAGCUGAAAAUAUAGAUAAAGUCAACUUCGUGCUUGAUAUCACUGUCGAAAUUUUGGACUUUUUCGAAAAUUUUUUUGGUGUCAACUACCCUCUGAAGAAACUUGACAGCUAUCCAAUCACGAGCUUUGCCUAUUUAGAUGUGGAGAAUUUGGGCCUCAUCUCUCGCCAUUUAAGACGGUUUCUUCACAAUACAAAUACAAGUUCUAAACUCCAAAAAAACAAUAUAGCGAUAGCUGUAGCACACAAAGUAGCUCACCAAUGGCUUGGAAACUUGGUGACAUUAGAUUGCUGGAAUGAUUUGCGGUUGAAGGAAGGAAUUGUCCACCUAGCUGAAGAAAUUGCAUUGGGAAGAAUUAUGAAGACUAUCAUGUUCAAAGCCUUAAUUGAAGAUUCUAAAGAUUCGUCUCAUCCCAUUAUCGUUCCUGAAGAGUGCAUGUAUACUUCUGACUCCAUUUUAACCACUAAGUCAGCCAGCAUAUUUCGAAUGUUGGAGAAGGCAAUAACCUCCCACUUAUUCAACUCAGCCGUGAGGCACUACAUCAGCAAGCACAAGUUUAGCAACGCUGACAGUAAUGACUUCUACAAAUGGUUCAUCCCUCUGGCCUACAUUACUGACAGACAUCCAUUUAACCAUUCGACGGUGUUCAUGAAAGAAGAAGAAAUGGAAUUCGCAUUGGAAGAAGAUGUUGCCUGGAUCAAAGCAAAUCCAGAAAUGAGUGCCAGUAAUUCACAGCGUAACUUAACUCCACAAUCCAACAACUCCAACCUCACUACCUUAACUUCAAUUUCAACUCGUGCCCUGCUAAAAUCGAUCGCAGCUCUUGACCUGUCAAUGUACAUAAGCAAGGAGGAAAACUUCCUCCCAUGGGAAGUGUUGGUAACCCACCUAGAGACCAUCUUCAACAGAUUCUCAUCGAAUCCGCACUAUCCUCUGUUCAGGUACGGGAUCAGUACAUGCGAACUUUCACCAUAUUACAAGCAGUGGUGGGUCCUGGAAGAUGCAUCACCAAAACCACACCAGGCCAUGAGAGAGGGGACUAUUGAAGAUCCUCUGUAA